GUAGUUGCUAAGCAACGCCACAGACGCCUUUUAUGCUUCCCGGAAGUACGUGGCUCAGAGGAAAUAAUGGCGUUCAGCAUAUUCCAUUUAGUGUUGUUAUAUUUAUCUUCCACAUACUCGUUCAGCGCUUUCUUUUUAGGUGUUUUCGCUGCUUUUGCAGCAGUAAAGAGUGAGAAUGUGUUCAGCGCAGGUCAUACGAGUACAAUACCCAUCGCCGCCGCAAGGGAUCUACGGUACCUGUUAUAUGACGUAAACCCUCCAGAGGGCUUCAAUCUGCGCAGGGAUGUCUACAUCCGCAUGGCGUCCCUGGUCAAGACUCUAAGGAAGGAAGGCGGUGACUGGGUGCUGGUUCUCCCCCCGUGGGGUCGCCUGUACCACUGGCAAAGCUCUGACAUUGAUCAGAUUCGCAUCCCAUGGGGGGAGUUCUUCAGCAUCACCAGCCUGCAGGCCAACGUGCCCGUCAUCGAGUACGAGGAGUUCAUUGCUGAGAACGGAGGCCCGUUCAUCGACCAAGUUCUGGUUCUGCAGAACUAUGCUGAAGGAUGGACUGAGGGUAAAUGGGAGGAAAAAGUCGAUGAGCGUCCAUGUUUUGACAAGCUGAUGUACUACAAAGAUAAACAGGGCUACUACAGGGGCUGGUUCUGGGGCUACGAGGAAACAAGAGCCCGGAACGUGACGUGUGUGUCAGCACAGGGACACGCCUCAAUUAUGGCUCCAGUUCUGCAGAGAAACUACACAGUGACAUCUGUCAUGCUUGAUAGAGCAGAGACGCUUCUUCAUGAUGUCUAUGCUGGGAAGGACUACUGGGAUACCCGUCGGAGUAUGGUCUUUGCUAAGCACCUGCGACUCAUCGGAGAUGAGUUUAGAGCCAAAUACCUGAACUCUACAGAUGACAGAGACCUUACCACAUACAGAGAGGACUGGACUCGCAUGAGGGCAAAGCCAGGCUCAGCCAAAGGCGGCCCUUACCUCGCCGUUCAUCUACGCCGAAAAGACUUCAUCUGGGGUCAUAGAGAGGACGUGCCCAGCCUGAAGGGGGCAGUCAAAACUAUUUCAAACUUGAUGAAGAAACACAAACUUGAAAAAGUGUUUAUUGCUACAGAUGCUGAUGGUGAAGAACUGAAGGAGCUUAAAGGAAUGUUGCCACACAUGGUGCGGUUUGAGCCAUCUCAAGAGGACCUGGAGCUGCUGAAAGAUGGAGGAGUGGCCAUCAUUGACCAAUGGAUUUGUUCUCAUGCAAGAUUCUUCAUCGGAACAUCAGUGUCCACCUUUUCUUUCCGGAUCCACGAAGAGAGGGAAAUCCUCGGUUUCGACCCUAAGACUACUUACAACCGUUUCUGUGGUGAUGCUGAGAAAGAGUGUGAACAGCCAACCCACUGGAAAAUAGUUUACUGAUGGGACUCUUGACGUGCCUGAAACACAAGUGCCAUGUGAAAGCAGUAUUAUCAGAUUUUUAUGUCUUAUUUAGGAUAUAUGAUCUGUUCAACUUUUUAUGUUUUUUUUUUUUUUUUGUGUGUGUGUGUGUGUGUUGUGGAAUCAUUUUACUUCUGUGACUGAACUUUAUGCUGAAAAUCCCAAAAACUGAGCUGCCAAACGUGAAAGUUUAUUAUUAAACAAUUAAAUAUGGAUGUUUCUUAA